AACAUAAAACAAGACUGCCAUCUAGUGGUCGCUACAUUGCCUUUGUGCAGAUUCAACACUUGGCACACAGAAUAACAGAUUUACCAAUGACAUUUCAUGACAAAUGCACAAGCAAAGUAUGAUGUUUAUAUACAAAUUGUAAAGCAUAUAUUUACAAAUAUACAUUAAUUUGUAAUUCUAGUAUGUUUAUUAAAAUGAAAACGUAUAAGUCACAAGUAAGGAGUUUGUGGAUAGAGAAAAACACAUUCGUAAAUCAUUACAAUAUGUAUGGAUCAUGAUACAUGCAUUUAUAAAUAAUUUCAGACAUAUUAGAAAUAUUCUCUCCAUAGCAUCUGGUCAUCCUUGUAAGGUUUUAGGCCCGAUAAGGAAUUUGGCUCGUUCUAAGCUCUAACUACCCACCAGCAUGUGGCAUGACGUGCGUAAAAGGUGGGCGUUGGACGCCUGCUAGUGGUCGCGCGCAACGCGAAUUCAGCAGCUUGCGUGUGUGUGUAUAGUGAAGCUCAAACUAAAUCAGCGCACGGAAGAUUACAUGAUGAAAUCAGAAAACCACAGUAUUUACGCAACCCGAUCAAACGGACCGUGAAACAAUUAUUCGUGAUGGUUAUCAUUGUCUUUCUCCCCUACGGACCCAAAAUGCUCCAUUACCAUUGUAGUUUUUAAUAAUUAUUUCCAGGUCAGAGGAUCAGAGUUUCCUGUGCGGCUUGUUUGUACUGAAGAUGGCCGGUGAUGGAGGCGCACUUAAGGAUAUCAAUGAGAUUAAAUCACAAUUCAGGACCAGAGAGGGCUUUUACAAGCUGCUGACACUUUCAGAUUCACAACAACGGGGCGGGCUACCUCGGGGUCCAACAGCAAGUGCCACGGUGGGCCCCGGGUCAGGACCGGGUUCAAUACCCGGUGGUGGUGUUGGACUGGUGCAGGGGCCUGGGUCUACCUCUUCUUCCAAUGCCGCAGCCAACUCCGCUCCAGCGGGUUUCCUUCCUCCAGUGCGGGUCUCCAUGGUGAAGCUUCAGCCGGAAGAUCCUAGCGAAGAUUCAGAGCGUGUGUGUUUUAAUAUCGGCAGGGAACUUUAUUUUUACACUUACACAAACAUCAAAAAGGCUGUUGAUCUCAGCAAGCCCAUUGACAAACGCAUCUACAAGGGUACACAACCUACCUGUCAUGACUUCAACCAAUACUCUGCCACAACAGACAGCGUGGCCCUCAUCGUGGGGUUUUCUGCUGGCCAGGUGCAAUACCUGGAUCCCAUCAAGAAGGAGACCAGCAAGCUCUUCAAUGAGGAGGUUGGUGAAUGUAUUGCAUGGGGAUUAGAAUAGAGGCAGUUGCAGUGACUACUUGCAGUCAGUCUGUUAUCGCAUGUCAUUCUAAUAGUAUUCUAUAAAACAGGCAGGCAGGUUAAGUUAUCCAAUGUGAUGAGAGGAGAACAGUUCUAGAUUAAGGAACUUAUUUCACAAAAAAUCACACUUGGUCAAUGGUAAUAUAGUUUCACAGUAAUGUCCCAACCCUACAAUAUAAACAUACAGAACAUUUCAGGAAAACUACUAUGAAACCAACGCACAAAUGUGUGCAGCAUCCACAGAAUCUGGUUGAAGCUAACUUCAUGGAAAUAGUGAAGAUGCUAUGAACAUAACCAUCAAACAACUAGCAGACGAGAACAGGAUUCGCCCCUCUGCAACGCUUCAAGACCUAUGUGUCUGAUACAGCAAUCACUUCAUGCCUUCACAUUGGUAGAAAGGCUUAGCUAGAUCAUGAUGGAUGUAAUACUACUACCACCACUACUACUACUACUACUACUACUAAUAAUAAUACUAAUACUACUACUAAUUAUUAUUAUUGUAUUGAUAUUAAACCUUUCUGUCUAUAGCCCUAAUGUGCUUUACAAAAUAGGUACAGGAAAUGAAACAAUAAAUACAACAAAAACAAAAUAAACAAAAAGUAAAA